AUAAUUGUAUAUGUAUUUCGGGCAUGCAUUUAACAUGUGCCGAAUUUAAGCUGAAUUGAAAAACUGUCACUCUUUUCUUCAAAACUGAUUAAAAACAAAUGAUACUGCUGUCUAUAUUAAAAUGUCUCGCGAUAUAUCGUCGAAAUGUAAUAUUGAAGCAAAUAAUUCGAAAUCAAAUGCUGUUAACAAAUCAAUCAGAUCACUAUUAACUGAUAAAGAGAGUAGCAAUGGGUCUCAGACAAAUGAUCAGCCCAGUUUAUUAUUGUCACGAAUUAAGAAUUCAACUAAUAAAGUUGUUUUGCAAGAUGCAUCAACAGGGAAAAGUGCAACAGUGCAUUUAAAGACAAUAGCUAAAUCUAGUGGUGACAAAACACUUUCACACGUACAACAAGUUCAGUAUGUUCAAGGAAUAAAAUCUUCAAAUGUUUCAUCACAGAUUAAACCUCAAAUAGUUUAUAUUAAAAGUAAUAAUUUAACAUCAAAUACGGUGUUGCGACCCUCUUCUUCUGUUCCGAGUUUGAUUAGUAGCGUUAUAAAGCCUAUUAACAAGGUAUCUGUAAUAAAAGCCAAACCCAGCAAUAUAAGUCAGGUUGUUAAAAAUCCCAUUAUAAUAACUUCAGCAGCAAGUCAUGUAAAUACAUCUCUGAAUAACUAUGAUACAAAAGCUUCAAAUGAGAAUAUAGAACAUAUUAAGACAUCGUCUCCAACAAAUGUUGCUAUUUUAAAUCGUCAGAAACUUGUUGUAGGUUCUCAUGUUAACAGUUUAGCAAAAGUGCAAAAUUCUGUUGUUGGAUUGUCCAACACAAAAUCUCAAAUGCUAAAUAAAGGACCAAUUUUCAAUUUUAAAAUAGCAGAUGGUAAAUUCAAUCAAAGUGGUAUUUCUUUGUCAUCGAAUAAUUCUAACAAUGAAUCAAAAGUUUUAAAUUUACCACCUUUACAGCCAAUUCAGAAAGAUAGAAAUUCUUUAAUAACCAAAGGUUAUAAUUGUGCAAAAAUAGAAAACGAUACAUCAGCAAAAGCAGCUGAUGGGAGUAUAUUUAACAAUUUAAAUAGCAGUUCACACGGCUUAACAAGUAUAUUAAAAAAACAUCUCGGUUCUAACAAUAAACAAAUAGAAAUGACAACAGAAAAAAGUUUAGAUAAUUUAAAAAAGCUAACUUGUUCUAUUAAUAAGGUAAACGAUGUAAUUAAAAUUCCAAAACCUGACGAUGCCAAACAAAGUAAAAUUGAAAAAAAUUCUAAUGCUAUCAAUGAGGAGAUUAUAAAUGAUACUAAACAAGUUGCAAUGCCUCAAUUAAAAGCCCAGCCACGUGUGAAGAAACAGCAACUUCAAGUUAAAGAGGAUAGAGAAGAAGAACUGUGCAUAGAAGUUUUGAAGACAAAGCAACGCAGAGAAUCAAAGCGUAAAAAUAAACCUAUAAUGAAAAAAAAUACUAAUGAAACUCUUGAUGAUCCAAUCAAAAACUUGUUAUGGAAAGAUGGCAUAGGUACAUUAGAUGAUACAAAUUUACAUUUCCGAAAAAAUGAAUUUGGAAUAUACGAUCUACUGAGUGAAAUGGAAUAUGAUGCUUUAACUACAGGAAGGAAAGAUUCUAAAUACUAUACCCCUUUAGCUAAACGAACAGAAAUACAAGUUGUAAAACAAUCAACAUCUUCUGAAGAUUUAUAUGAAUGUUAUACUUGUGCUAGUACUGGUCCUGCAAUUGAAUUUAUAAGUCCAGAAUUUUGUAGCACUGUUUGUGCAGAUAUUUAUAGGGAUCAUAGGGGUCAAAUGAGUAAAGAUGAUGAUUCUUUAAAUCACCAGAAACGUAACCAAAUAGUAAUAUCAGACGAUAGCGAUACUGAGUACGAAGAAAGAAAUUCUCGAUAUUCAUGGAUGCCUACUUCUACCAGGGGAUUUUCUUGGUCUAAAUAUAUGAAUUUCAAGAAGACGAAACCUGCUCCUAUCAAAUUAUUUAAGGAACCAUUUCCUUAUCAUGCUAAUGGUUUUAAAAUUGGCAUGAAGUUAGAAGGAAUAGAUCCAAAGCAUGAAUCAUUUAUAUGUGUAAUGAGUGUAGUGGAUAUCAAAGGCUAUAGAAUUUGUUUGCAUUUUGAUUCAUAUUCAACAAAAUUUGAUUUUUGGGUUAACGCUGACUCUAAUAAUAUUUUUCCACCUGGAUGGUGUGAGAAAAAUAAUCUUGUUCUGCAAGUACCUAAGCAUUAUACAUUGGAAACUUUCAAUUGGCAAACAUAUUUAAGAAAAUGCAGAUCAGUUCCAGCUCCAAAAACACUUUUUCCUCAUCUUGCUUUUGAGACAGUGUGCCCUUUAGGUUUUCGUAUCGGAAUGAAAUUGGAAGCUUUGGACAGAAAAAAUUCAAAGGAAAUGUGUGUAGCUAGUAUUACUAAUGUGUUAGUAACUCAAAGAUUUUUAGUACAUUUUGAUGGGCGAAAUGAAAUGUAUGAUUAUUGGGCAGAUGCUGCAAGCCCAUAUGUACAUCCAGUGGGAUGGUGUCAAGAACAUAAGGAAAAACUGUUGCCACCUCCCAAUUGCACUGAUAUUGAUCCUUUUGAUUGGACUGCAUAUUUGAAUGAAACAAAGUCAAUUGCUGUACCAUCCCGUGCAUUUAAAGCAAGGCCAAUGUCUUCUUUUCAAGUUGGAAUGAAAUUAGAAGCGGUUGACCCUAAAGUUCCUUAUAUUAUACGAGUUGCUACGGUUGCAGAAGUUAAAGAAAAUUCAAUUAAAGUUUCAUUUGACGGAUGGCCGCCUCGAUAUUCAAUUUGGGUUGAUACUGACAGUACAGAUAUACAUCCUGUGGGAUGGUGCACUAAAACAGGACAUCCUUUGGAGCCGCCAUUGAUGCCAGAUGAUGUUCAGAUAUCUUUAUCAGUUGGUUGUGGAGUGCCCGGCUGCAAUGGUCAAGGAAAUAUUAACAUUCCGCACCAAUCAAAGCAUUCAUCGAUUAGUUUAUGUCCAUUUGCACCAAAAAAUUUGUAUUUACAUCUUGAAAAAGGAUGGGAUAGAUUGUCUUCCUCUGAUCAUGAAGAAGCACAACUUAGUGCUUCUGUUUUAUUAAAAACUAAUUUCAAAAGGAGAAACAAUAGUGAAACUUGUUACGGUAAUGGAACAAAACGACCUAGAACUACCAGCUCAGAAAGCAGCAAUAAUGAUAGUACAAAUGCUGACGAUUCCAGUGUUAUUUCAAUUAGAUCAGAGACUUGUAAUGAUGAUUCAAAUACUUGUGACAGCUCCAAUGCUGUGAUGACAGUUAAUAAUCCUGAACUGAAGCGAGUGCCAAACAUGAUAAACAAGGUUGAAGUAAAACCAAAAAUUCAUACAUCAGUAUUCAAACCCAAUAUGCUUGCAGCGUGCUCUGAAAUUGAUAACGAUCUUUGGAUAAAAUAUACAAAACCUUUGAGUUAUGUCAUAAGAAAAUCAUACAAAGAUUUAGAUCCAAGGUUAUGGAGUAGUACAGAUGUCGCUAAAUUUGUUAGAAAUAUUCCAAAUUGUUCUAGUUACGCAAAAAUAUUUGAGGAACAACAAAUUGAUGGUGAAUGUUUUGUUAUGUUAACGACAAAGGACCUUAUUUCGUACUGUAAUUUACGUGUUGGACCUGCUAUUAAAAUAUAUAAUAGUAUUAUGAUAUUAAGACAACAGAUGUCAAUGUAG